ACAACAACGCUGCUUCCUCCUCUUCAAUUCUCAACACAAAACCCAAAAUCUGCAUUUUUUUGGAAGUUCUUAGAUUAUUAGGUAUACAAAUAAAAGAAAGAAAAAUAAACCACUCAAAAGGAGUUUGAAAGAUGAGAUUUUUAUGGUUAACAGUGGUGUUAUACACUGUAUGCAUCCAUGUUUUAGCUGAUCAGAUCUAUCCUACUCAUGCAGGUGGUACGUUCAGUCGUAGUUCUCGUGAACCAAAAUAUCAGAUUGAAUUUCAUUCAGAAGAGUCUCCUUUUCAUCCCGAUGAUGACCAGGAGUCAAUGGUCAUGCCCAACAAAAAUGGUGAGAAUUACAUAUGCUUCUUGCCCAAGGUGGUGAAAGCUAAGAGUGAGAUGCCACUUACUCAGCUGAAUGUAAGCAGCUUGAUUGUGGAAACUGAGAAACGGGUUAAAUUGAAGACACCUGAUGAGCUGCUUGAAGAACUGAAAGACUCAUGCCUUGUCAGACAAGAGGGUUGGUGGUCCUACGAGUUAUGCUAUCAGAAGAAGUUGAGGCAAUUCCAUGUGGAGGACGAGAAAGCUAAGGUUAUCCAAGAAUUUAUCUUGGGUGUGUAUGAUGAAGAGGCCACAGCUGCAUUCAACCAGAAUCUUUCUGACAUUUCUACAUUGAAAGAUCCUCGUUCAAAAGAUGCAUCUCAAAGGUAUCAUGCUCAUCAGUAUACAAAUGGAACCAUAUGUGAUCUUACAAAUGAGCCGCGAGAAACUGAGGUGAGAUUCGUUUGCUCAGAGCCCAGAGCUAUGAUUAGUUCAAUCACCGAGCUAUCCACUUGCAAGUAUGCACUUACAGUACACUCUCCAAUGCUUUGCAAGCACCCAUUGUUUCAAGAAGAGAGACCAGUGUGGCACACCAUUAAUUGCAAUCUUCUUCCUAAGGAUUACAAGGAAGCUAAACCAGAUAAAGUCGAAGCCGAUGAUAAGCAGAUCUUUAUGGUACCUGACAUUGAUUCCUCUAAUCAUGAUUCGGAUGAAUAAGCAACGUAUUGCAGAGGGACCUUUGUCAAUACAAAUCAAAUUAAACGAGCUAAUGGAGUGUAUUCUUCAUGUUUUAUAUGGCUCUUCCCUUGCAAGUACAAAACAGUCAAUCAGUCGCUCUCAUGCCAUCGGCCCAAUGAGCGGCCUUUUCUGGACUCAGAAAACAUACAGCAAAUAGUGCUUGACAGUGUUGUUGUAACUUUGGAAAAAUCGAAGUUGCUGAAACUAAUGGGAGAAUAUAUGUAAAUUCUAUGAAAAAAGACAUUCCUUGACGGUCUUACCGAAA